UCAAACAACCCAAAUCGUCUAACUGGAAACGAGUCGUGGACCUCAUUAUUACACCAUUGCCCAAUGAAACAGCCUCAAAUAUUGAAGCUGCUGAACUUCGCGAGUGUGACGAAAAGAGGAGCAAUGUACGAUUCUUCACCAGGGCGUCUGCAACAAAGAACGAUUCUUCACCAUGAACCCUCGUGAAGAUUAAAGGAGUUCCCGUGACCCUCCAGUAGUAGUCUUAUCAGUUGCAGAGAGUUGUAACUUCACCCUCGGUAAGGCUACAAAAGAGGCAACUCCUCUUUUCGAUCUUCUACCUCAGAUUUGUGUUCCAAAAGCUUCAUGCGACUUCACGUUUGUGUAGAUCAAGCUUUGGUGCCUUCGGUUCCCCUAUCCUCUCGCUUCUCUCCAUUCCUUUGCAGGACGUUGCAUAGGAAUUUGCCGAUCGAAAUUUAUAGCGGUUUAUAAGUUCUAUUCGCUGCGUGCAAUCACCUGCAACUACUCUGUCUCAGAUCGGUUGCUUUGCCUGAGUUCUGUUCGUGCGAAAAACGUUUCGAAACACAAGGUGAAGAUUGGGGAUCUCUGUUUGUUAGUUUAUCUGGAGUUUGCAUUAUGGAUCCUAUGGCCGAGGAGCAAUUGGAUUAUGGAGAUGAAGAAUAUGGUGGGCAGAAGCUGCAGUAUCAGGGCAGUGGAGCAAUCCCUGCUCUCGCCGAAGAGGAGAUGAUGGGGGAGGAGGAUGAGUACGAUGAUCUCUACAAUGAUGUCAACGUUGGUGAUGGUUUUCUGCAGCUGCACCGCACUGAAAUCCCGGUCUUAGGAGGUGCUGGGAGUGGACCACAAUCUCAGAAACCUGACGUUUCUGGUUCAAGGGUCACUGAACAGGGUGUGUUUGAAAAUGUAACCAUCCCUGGAGUUAGGUUGGAGGGUAAAGAUUCCACAAUGGGAGCGAGUCUUCUGGAGCAGAAGAAAGGAGUGUUUAUGUCUGGCAAAGGAUUGGAAGGGGCCUCUGGUGAUUAUCCAGACAGGCUUUCACAGAAAGAGAGGGUUAUGGAUAUGGGUUCUGAUGUUCAAGUCGGAAGAUCAGGGUUUGGACAAUCAGCAGCCAUGCCAGCUAAAGUUGGUGUUGAUCCUAGUCGGGUUCCAGUAAAAUUUUCUGGCGGAUCUUUGUCAUUGCCAGAUGUAGGUAUUGGUGCUUCACAAAUGCCUGGUGGAUCUUCGUCGUUGCCAGAUGCAGGUAUUGGUGCUCCACAGAUGCCUGCCCACCGGAUUGGAAUGAAUAUUAGUAUGAACCGUCAAGUGAUGAAUGAAAAUCCAAUCCGGCAGCCUGUAGAGAAUGGUAGCACCAUGCUUUUCGUGAGUGAACUGCAUUGGUGGACUACCGAUGCAGAGCUUGAAAGCAUGCUAUCUCAAUUUGGGAGGGUAAAGGAAAUCAAAUUCUUUGAUGAGAGAGCUAGUGGAAAAUCAAAGGGCUACUGUCAAGUGGAAUUCUUUGAUCCAGCUGCUGCAGCUGCUUGUAAAGAAGGGAUGAAUGGCUAUGUUUUCAAUGGUAGAGCUUGUGCGGUGAAUGUUGCAACUUCACAGACUUUGAAGCAGAUAGGAGCUGCUUAUAUGAACAAAAACCAAGUGCAGACUCAGUCGCCGUCACAAGGACGGAGACUUGUAAAUGAUGGGGUAGGGAGAGGUGGUGGAAUGAAUUUUCCAGCUGGAGAAGCAGGCAGGAGCUAUGGGAAGGUUGGAUGGGGUCGAGGGGGUCAAGGAGUACUCAAUAGGGGUCCGGGAGGUGGAGGACCAAUGAGAGGUAGAGGAGCUAUUGGAGCAAAAAACAUGGUUGGAGGCACUGGGGGAGUUGGAACCAGUGCUAGUGGCGGCCCUUAUGGGCAAGGCCAUGCCAGUCCUGCCUUGGGGGCCCCAGCUGGUGGGAUGAUACAUCCUCAGAACAUGAUGGGUACAGGAUUUGAUCCAACGUACAUGGGUCGAGGUGGUGCUUAUGGGGGAUUCUCAGGUCCUGCUUUUCCUGGUAUGAUUCCUUCAUUUCCAGCUGUUAAUACCAUGGCACUUCCUGGAGUGGCUCCGCAUGUCAACCCAGCUUUCUUCGGCCAUGGAAUGGCUGCUAAUGGAAUGGGAAUGAUGGGUACCAGUGGAAUGGAUGUUCAGCAUACGGGAAUGUGGACUGAUACAAACAUGGGAGGAUGGGGAGGGGAUGAUCAUGGAAGAAGGACAAGGGAGCCAAGUUACAGUGGUGAUGAUGGAGCAUCUAAUUAUGGGUAUGGAGAGGCAAGCCAUGAAAGGGGAGGAGGGGGAAGGUCAAAUGCUGCCCCCUGGGAGAAGGAUAGGGGUUCUGAACGUGAUUGGUCUGGGAACUCUGAUAGCAGGCAUCAUGAUGAGAGGGACCAGGAUAGGGAUAGGUCUGAUAAGGACCACCGUUACAAAGAAGAAAAAGAUGGUUACAGGGACCAUCGUCAGAGAGAACGUGACUAUUAUAAUGAGGACAACUGGGAUAGGGGGCAGAAUUCUUCGAGGUCUCGGAGCAAGUCCCGUAUGAUGCAAGAAGAAGAUCACAGGUCUCAAACAAGGGAUGCAUACUAUGGGAAGAGACGGCGCCUACCAUCAGAAUGAUAUAUUUGGACCUUGAUGCAAUGGUAAGGCUGCUCCAUUGUGACCAAGUGGUCAUGGGUUCCAGUCAAGAAACAGCCUCUCCGCGAAGCAGGUUAAGGCUGUGUACAUUAUAACUCUCCCCAGACCCCACAAUGGCGGGACCCUUGUGCACUGGGUACACCCCUUUUUUUUUUAUCGACCUUCUUCAUUGUAGAAACUUUAGAGGUCCCUUUGUUUCAUGUUGUUACUUUUCAUUGAUGGAUACUAAUGUGUUCAUCAUUGCUCGCUCUUGUUUCUGCUGGCCUUACAAACAGGAGUAUGGCUUCUAGAUGAAAAAAGGUAAGUUUUUCCCUUGUGCAGCAUGAGGGAAGAAUUACUUCUCUUUCUUCUUUCGUUAUACUUCCUGUGAAACUUCAUUUGAAGCAACACUUAUACACUUAUUUGCCUAAAAAUGAUUAGUAUAGCUUCUUAGCGGCUUAACUUUAGUUAAGUGGAUUCCUGUUUGGGCUGGGUUUUUGGUAUCCUACUGCCCAGACUCUCUAUUGGUUUCACCGUUGGUUGUACCUGUCCUUUUACCUGAGACAAGUGCUUUCUGAGGCAUGCAUCAUAUAUAUCCGUAAGUUUGGUGUUUUAUAUGAAUGUGUGCAAUAAAUUUCUGUACCAUUGAUUUACAGGUGGACACAACUUUCUUGUCGCUGCUUAAGGAAAUCCUUUUUGGUUUUUAAGAUACAUAGGGUACAAAGAAUUACAUUUUAUAUUUGACCUUUUUAAUGAUUUUUAGUGUGAUAUCUAUCUAAAAAAAAAAUUCUUAUUGUGCUUGUAUAUCAGUUGUUAAAGUUGCUUUAGUCAUUUCCACUUCUCACGUUUCCCUGCUAUAGAGAUUUUAGUGGCAAAUAGUUAAACGUGGAACAGCCAUGUCGCUUCCUUUUCAUGUUAGUUAGCCCUCGUGCAUGAGCUUGUAAUCAGCUAUAACCGAGAUGUUUUUACAUUAUUUUUAUAUCUUUAUGGUUAAAGCCCUAAAACAUGAGGGUUAAUAUCCUGAAGUUGAUUAGGUUCUUUAAUGAGUUUCUUUCUGUAGACUUCCAUUUCUGGAGAACUGGAGAUACAUUAAUAUCCUGAAGUCGAUUAGUUUAUUUUAUGAGUUUCUUUCUGUAGGCUUCCAUUUCUGGAGAACUUGAGAUACAUCUCAAGUGGGUAUGUAAUUAUGAAGUUAUUACAAGUAAUUGAUUAUAUUAUUUGUCUACAUGCUUACUCAAUGUGGUGAAACUGUUUUAGUUUGAUACUUUUAUUUAACGUAGCUUAGAGUAACUUCAGAAAUUCUGGGGUCUUAUAUUAGUUAAGACAUUUGUAUUGAAGCACUAACUGAAGAAUAAAAACAAGAUGGCCUUAGAUUUUUUUUGUUUGAUUCAAUUUAAAUGGUAAAUUUGGUUUUGGUAAAUGUACAAGGUAAAGUUGUCUAUGUGGUCUGAGAUGGUAAAACCCUACCUUGGUUGAUGAACAAGAGCUCUAGGAAUAGAAUGGGAGGGGGGAGUAACAUUGUUCCAAGGAUCUAAAUCUCCUCAAAAGUUGUAUUCUUCACUCUUUUUUUUUUUUUUAGAUUCAAUCUUGAAAAAAGUGCUAGUAAAUUUGGUGAGAAAAGCUUCUGCAAAUAGGUGGUCAUUUGUGAAUUCACUCCGUUGUACUUGUCGGACUCAGUAUACUAAAUAAAGUCCCCUUAAGAAGCCCUUAUGAUGCAGUUACAAGUUGGGUUUAGUCUUAGGUUUAUGUUUUGUUGUUUUUAUUAUUAUUUUAAAUUUAUUAGUUGCUUGUACAGGUGAUAAACUCUAGUAAGAGUUCCACACCUCUUACAAUUCUGUUUUGAAGAGUUUUAGUUUAGGACGAACUCUUUCUUACCUUAUGGUAGGACUUCUCUUUUAUUUUGAAUUGUUUUUUAAAAGUACUCACCAAGAUAGCCAGAUUGGAUUUUUCGAAUGAAGUUUAUCGUGUUGCUACAAGAGCUAUGGGUGCUUGAGUAUAUUCUUCUUCCCUGGUCUCCUCUUGUUACAGGUGUGAUCAGCCCCUAUUUCCACCAUGAUUCUUUCUCCCUUAAAUUUAUGUUUUGCAAAUCUCUUCCUUCAUUUGUAUUUCUUAUUCAUUAUUCCAUCCUUCUUCCCUUUUUUUGAAUUCCAGUUGAAAUAUUUUGAUUUAAUGGGUGCUGCACUCUUUCUACAUUAGUUUGGAAACAAACAUGAAUCAGAAAAAAACUCUCUUGGGAUUUGAAUCUGUUCCUGAGAGUGAUUCCAAAUACCCUGUUGAAUCAUUUUCAUGUAUCUUAACAUGAGGUUCUCUCGUCAUCAUUCCAGGGAGUGAGCAGGAAUUUCUUAUUUUUUUUGUUAGCUUUGCCUAUGUUGGUUACCUAGAAGGCAAUUUUGGACUGGGUAUCUUCACUGGAUUACUGAAAUGGUGGUUAUGGCCUCUGCAAGCAUAGAAAUAACAAAACUUAGUGAUCUAAGCAUUUAAUGUUCGUUCAUGCUUUCAUCAAUCACUGUCAUAUGCUACUGUAAUUCUAUGCAGUGCAUCUUCCAAUAACAUGUCAUAAAGAGUCAGACAUCAUGAAGUUGUAGUGUGUUGAGAGAUAUCUGAGUUAAAUGUUGGACCCAUCAACGAUGUCCAUCAGUUAGCAAAAUGAAAUUGCAGUUUAUGCAGAAGUUGGCCUGUGCAUUAGGUUGAGAACAUGUAAUUGGUCUGGUACUCUGUUUCUAUGCUUUUUGCUUCAUCAGUAGGCUUGUAACAAUCUUGUGAAGCUUAUUUUUGUCAGAUUUAGCUUGUAUUUUCAUCAGAUUCCCCCAAUAUCGUCACGAGAAUUUGGGUUGAUCUUUUGUACAUAACAUGGAACUUUUCCUUUCAUUUGUAAUUUGUCAUAAUAAGGUUCAAAGAAUCCCUGUUGUUGUUGGGGAAAGUUACUUCCUUGUAAGCAUCAAGUUGUUUCAGAUGUAUUCUCUUGGUAAAAUGUAAAGGUUACUUGUGUUUGGGAUGUACAAUAUACACAAGGUUGCUAUCACAUUAAGUAGGGCUGGGAAGAUUUUGAGUUGUCGCUCUCUGAAGGCAGCUUUUGUGGAGUUAUUCAUCUAUUCUUUUUUUUUUUUUUUUUGGUGGCAAGGGAGGGUGUAUGAUGGGACUUCACUGUAUCGCAUUUGUUGGAGAAAGUUCUUUCCAAUAUAUUUUACUCUUCAUGCAAUGUAAAUUAGAAUAUUAGACAAGCUUAGUUCUUUUGGAUCUGAAUAACAGGCCUGCAUCCGAUUUCUAGCUGUUACGAAGCUGCUUCCUUGAUGAAGGUUGUGAAUCAUGUGUGUGUAUCAAUGUAGUUCUACUGAGACAAUACUUGGUUGUUAGGGAAUUGAAUUCCUUUGUAAGUAAUCAUUUCUUUCUAUGUGGACAAGAGGGUGUUGUAUCUGUUGAUCCUGUAGGUCUUAGUACAUUCUGGAAUGUUGGGACUUUGUAUUAGCUACUCAGUGACUGAAGUAGUCCCUUUUUUCAUGCUGUUCUUUAUGAUUUGUAAUUGUAUAGAGACUGAAUCAUGUACAACCAUAAUUGUUUUGGUUUCCAA